GUCAGCUACAAUGCUGCGAUCAGCGCGUGCGAGAAAGGCAUGCAGUGGCAGCACGCGUUGUCGCUGUUCAACGAGAUGAUGGAGUACGUCGAGGGGAAGCUGAGGCCCACCGUCGUCAGCCACAGCGCCGUGAUGGCCGCAUGCGCGAAGGGCGCGCAGUGGCAGCAGGUGCUGCAAUUCCUGCGGAGCAGGCCGAUGGAGGGGCGGCUGGAGCCCGACAUCACCAUCCCCUCUACAACGCUGCGAUCAGCGCCUGCGAGAAAGGAGGAAAGUGGCAGCAUGCGCUGUUGCUGCUCAGGGAGAUGCGGGAGGUUGAGCUGGAGCUUGGCACUAUCAGCUACAACGCUGGGAUCAGCGCGUGCCAGAAAGGCGGGCAGUGGACGCAGGCCGUGAUGCUCCUGAACGAGCUACUGGACGUGAGGCUGGAACGCACUGCCGUCAGCUGCAUCGCCGCGAUGACCGCUUGCUAGACGGGCAAGCGGUGCCAGCGGGCUUCGUUGCUGUUCAGCGAUCUGCGGGAAGUGAGCGUGCAGCCAGAUCUCGUCCCGAUGGCGCGUGCAUGCCAAAAACUGGCCGAGCCGCCGUUCUGCUUGAUCCAGACUGGUGUGGCGCGUUGCUGCUGAGCCGAUUUGGACGAGCACGUUGCUAAUCUGUACGUCCUAGUCCUCUCCUACAAUGCUGACCAGCGCGUGCGAGCCAGGCGGGCAGUGGCAGCGGGCCUUGUCGCUGAUCAGCGGCAUAUUGGAGGCGAAGCUGGAACCAGACUCCUUCAGCUACACUGGAGUCAGCGUGGGCGAGAACGGCGGGCACUGGCAGGGAGCGCUGGUCACACUGUGCCACAUGCAGGGGUCCCAGUUGCAGCCGUCCGUCCUCAUCCACAAUGCUGGAGCCAGCGCCUGCGAGAAGGGUAGGCACUGGUUCUACGGGCUCUCGCUGCUCGGCGAGCUGCCGGAGGCGACCAUGCGGCCAGAUCUGGCCACCUGCAGCAAUCGGCUCUCCACGCGCAAGGAGCGACAGGUCGAAGCUGAAGACGAGCGCCCUGAACUGCAGCGCCCCUGCCGGCGCCUGCGAGAAGGACGGGCAGUGGCUGCGGGCGGUGCGGCGACUCCGCAAGCCGCAGGAGGCCGAGGAUGAGUUCCGGCAGGCAGCGGCCUCCGC